CAUAUCCCCUUCCCUCCUUUCCUAUAGCGCUCAGAGGCUCCGUUGCGGUUCAGAGUUUCAGAUGAACGCAGGAUGAGAUGCGGGACAGAGUCACUUUCACAUCUUCUGGAGGGUCGAUAAAAAAGCAGAGACCACCGGAAACCUCUUAAUGCAAAGGGAGACGAGCUGAAAUUUUUGCAGCAUGGGCAACUACCCUGGGAAAGAGCGGCACGGAUCGGCAGGUACAGCUGAUGCAUUUCAGACACCUCCCACAUCCCCGAUAGAUCACCUCUCUCCUGUUUCACCUGAUUAUACACAACCUCUCUCCAGCCCCACCAGCCCAGAUCAUAACCCCACCCUCACCACAACUGGCCCGAGUAGCUGUCCAUCAUCAGCCGGAUUUGGACACGAUAACAGAAACGCUCCUGUAUCUCUGAAUAAGGCUGGAAACAGUCCCACUAUCCCCUGUAAACGGAGGCAGAAUUCGACAUCCACCUCACCUGUGCAGGCGGAACCCCCACCGAGUGGGUGGGUGGAUGUGGGAGGGGUAAACCAGGAGCUUCUGCAAGAGUGUGUGGUCUCGUUAGGGCUCUGUGGGACAGAUGAGAGGACACACACACUGUCAGAUCUGCUGCAGUGCUUUCUGACUGAGAGAGAGCAAAUGAAGGAAGAGCUGAGGAGUGUGAAGGAAAAACUGCAGACAGAGCGCAGCGACUGGCUGCAGUUCCAGUCUGACCUGCAGGUGGCGCUGGUAGUGGCUGACCGGCUGAGAGCCGAAGCUGACGAAGAGCUGAAUGCGCUCCGAGAAGCGCAGGAGGACUGGGAGAGGCAGCUGACCGACUCUAGGCAGGGCCGGCGAGAGGUCGAAGGUCAAGUAGAGCGCUUAAAAGCAGAGCUGGAGCAAAGCAAAAAAGGACUCAGCCAAAGGUCAGAAACUCCCAGCCAGCAGGGGGCGACAGAAGGGGGUGCAAUGAGCACUGUGGAGAAAUGGGGGGGUGAGAGAAGGACGGGAGAGGAAAAGAGAAAAGAGAAAGUGGCGGGAACUACAGAUAUAAUAAAAAAACCGUCCACGUCCCACACCAGCCUAGUGAACGGUACAUCCCAGAUUACUUUAACACCGAUCACAAGUCUGGUGAACAAAAACAAUCCAACAAGCGAGAGGACGAAUGUGGACCAGCAGGACAACUGGAUCCAUUCAUAUAAAGAUAAAAAGGAGGACAAUCCGUUUUCACACUCGUCUCCUGUUAUAGACCUUUCUCCAAACAAACCGAGCAAGAUGAAGCCUCAGGAGGACUUCAGUAAGCUGCUCAGACGUCACGGUGGAUCCAAACGCAACUCUCUACUGCGCUGGUGUCAGAACCGAACCAGCGGUUAUAAGAACAUCGAGAUCACCAACUUCAGCAGUAGCUGGAUGGACGGCUUAGCUUUCUGCGCUGUGUACCACAGUUACCUCCCUUCACACAUCCCCUAUGACACACUGCGACCGGACAAUAAGAAAGAAAACCUCUUGCUGGCCUUUCAGACUGGAGAGAGUGUGGGAAUCACUGCAUCACUGACCGCAGACGAGAUGCUGAAGUCCGAAGGCCCCGACUGGCAAAGGGUUCUGGGAUACGUGGAGAGCAUAUACUCCCAUUUUGAGAUGUGACCUCUGGAACAUUUCCUUAUCCUCCUUUUUACUUCUGGAGACAUUCGAAUCUGUCGCAAACGUCUUCUCACAGCGAGGGCUUCACUUUUGAGCUCCACCAUGCGUCAUCGUCUGGAGUGACAGCAUCGAGAUAUUUGUCUUGAGAAAUGCAAAAGUAACUGACGUGGAGGUCAUUUCAAAGAUUAGUUCCAAAGGUCAGGACUCGAGCAGACGGGAAGUACGAAAGUAGAAAACUGAAAGACUUCACAGAGAAAUAAUGAAAAGCAGGUAAACAGGAAGUAGAAAUGAGUAGGAAAUGAGCUGGUGUUGUGGCCAUGGCAACCAUCAAAGGGCGUGACAUGGAAUUACCACAAAUUUUGUUUUUUACAAAUAAUGCAGUUCGUUGUUAUAAGGUGACGACAAUAAAGUCGGUUACCAUUAGUGAAAAUAAUAAAUCUGCGUAUCUGAUGAUUAGCACCAUCGCCACCAUCACCACGAUUGUCAUCGUCAUUCAUUUGGCUGAUUCAAUGUGACAUAAACCCCACGCUUCUGACUCCGAGGCACCUGCGACUUCGCAAAAUCAGUCACUUCUGACUCUAGUUUCCUGUAUAAAAGCUGGCGUUUGGAAGUCAUGAGGUUUUAUAAGUCGCUCUCCUCUUUUCUGGUGUUUUUAGAGAUAUAAGAAUUGAUAAGAAUCUUCAAGUAUCAACAAGUCAAGGAUUUCUGGAUUUCAGUCAUGACUCAGUGGUGUUAUGUACACACUCUUCUCCUCGCCCAAGAGUGAGAGCGCUGCCGUCGGACUCGUUUCACUGGAAAAAAAAAACUCAACAAACAAAUUAGGGUUUUUUUAGGUUUUUUUUUUUCUUUUCAAUUAUAAGGAUCUCCUAAUUUUACUUCAUGUCUGGCUUUUGUAGCAUGCGUGUUUUGUUGUACGUCGUGUGGCUUUCCACAGAAACGGCCAGAACGUGUUGUGUUUGGCGUUUCUUAAUUUUGUCAUCUUCAAAAAAAAUAAAAUAAAAUCAACAGCGUUAUUGCUGACAGUGUGACAGCGUAUUAACAUACCAUCAUGUGACUGGUAAAGUGCCUUUAAUGUGAUAUAUAUAUAAACUUAUGUCUUGUGCCAAAGUCAAUAACAUUAUUAAUAAAGAAAUAUUUUCUUUA